CCGCCCAAAGCGGGCUAUAAGUUCACGGCUCUCUCAGCUGCGGCAGUGCUUGCCUUCAGUGGUCGCACUUGGAGGGUCCAGCCACCAGUCGGAGGAGGAGCCGCUGCCACCACCUGACCAUGGCUGAGGAUCUGGUUCUGAAGAAUUGUGACCUGGAGCUGGAAGUCAAUGGCCGUGACCACCACACAGCCGACCUGUGCCGGGAGAGGCUGGUGGUAAGGCGGGGCCAGCCCUUCUGGCUGACCCUGCACUUCGAGGGCCGAAGUUAUGAGGCCAGCGUGGACAGCCUCACCUUCAGUGCGGUGACCGGCCCAGCCCCCAGCGAGGAGGCCGGGACCAAGGCCCGCUUCCCGCUGUCCAGUGCCAUGGAGGAGGGCGCCUGGACCGCCGUGGUGAUGGACCAGCAGGACGGCGUCCUCUCGCUGCAGCUCAGCACCCCGGCGAAUGCCCCUGUCGGCCUCUACCGCCUCACCCUGGAGGCCUCCACCGGCUACCAGGGCUCCAGCUUCGUGCUGGGCCACUUCACUCUGCUCUUCAACACCUGGUGCCCAGCGGACGCUGUGUACCUGGACUCAGAGGAGGAGCGGGAGGAGUAUGUGCUCACCCAGCAAGGCUUCAUCUACCAGGGCUCGGUCAAGUGCAUCAAAAGCAUACCUUGGAACUUUGGGCAGUUUGAAGAUGGGAUCCUGGACAUUUGCUUGGCACUCCUGGACACGAACCCCAAGUUCCUGAAGGAUGCCGGCCGUGACUGCUCCCGCCGGAGCAGUCCUGUCUACAUGGGCCGGGUGGUGAGUGCCAUGGUCAACUGCAAUGAUGACCAGGGUGUGCUGCUGGGACGCUGGGACAACGAUUACAAGGAUGGUGUCAGCCCCAUGUUCUGGAUCGGCAGUGUGGACAUCCUACGGCGCUGGAAGACCUCGGGCUGCCAGCGUGUCAAAUACGGCCAGUGCUGGGUGUUCGCUGCUGUGGCCUGCACAGUGCUGCGGUGCCUUGGCAUCCCCACCCGAGUGGUGACCAACUUUAACUCGGCCCAUGACCAGAACAGCAACCUGCUCAUCGAGUAUGUCUACAACGAGUUUGGAGAGAUGCAGAGGGACAAAAGUGAGAUGAUCUGGAACUACCACUGCUGGACGGAGUCAUGGAUGAGCAGGCCGGACCUGCAGCCGGGCUACGGGGGGUGGCAGGCCCUCGACCCCACGCCCCAGGAGAAGAGUGAAGGGACGUACUGUUGUGGCCCGGUUCCGGUUCGUGCCAUCAAGGAGGGUGACCUGAGCACCAAGUACGAUGCACCUUUUGUCUUUGCUGAGGUCAAUGCUGACGUGGUGAACUGGAUCCAGCAGAAGGAUGGGUCCAUGCACGAGUCCACCAACACUGCCCUGACCGUGGGAAUGAAGAUCAGCACGAAGAGGGUGGGCCGUGAUGAGCGGGAGGACAUCACCCAUAACUACAAGUACCCGGAGGGGUCCCCAGAGGAGAGAGAAGCCUUCAAAAGGGCCAACCACCUGAAUAAGCUGACUAAGAAAGAGGAGACGGGGGUGGCCAUGCGGAUCCGCGUGGCCCAGAGCAUGAACAUGGGCAGUGACUUUGAUGUCUUCGCCUACAUCACCAACAACACGGCUGAGACCCACACCUGCCGCCUCAUGCUCCAUGCCCGCACCGUCAGCUACAACGGGAUCCUGGGGCCCGAGUGUGGCAGCAAAGACCUGCUCAACCUUUCCCUGGAGCCCUCAUCUGAGAAAAGCAUUCCCCUCCGAAUCCUCUAUGACAAGUACUGUGAGUGUCUGACCGAGUCGAACCUUAUCAAGGUGCGGGGCCUCCUCAUAGAGCCGGCUGCCAACAGCUACCUGCUGGCGGAGAGGGACAUCUACCUGGAGAAUCCAGAAAUCAAGAUCCGGAUCCUGGGAGAGCCCAAGCAGAACCGCAAGCUGGUGGCGGAGGCGUCCCUGCGGAACCCUCUCACCACGCCGCUGUUAGGCUGCACCUUCACCAUGGAGGGGGCCGGCCUGAUGGAUGAGCAGAAGAUCGUGGACGUCCCAGACGCCGUGGCAGAGGGGAAGGAGGUCAAGGUGAGGGUGGAUCUGAUGCCGCGCCACGUGGGCCGCCAUAAGCUGGUGGUGAACUUUGAGAGCGACAAGCUGAAGUCUGUGAAAGGCUUCAGGAAUGUCAUCAUUGGUCCCGCCUAAAGGCCACGUGCCCAGCCACGCCUCAGCCAGCUCAGAGCCCCUAACCUGAUCCCAAUUUUUGUUCCAAGUUAAUGCGCCAAUUUGCCCCCUGUUGGCCCCAGACCUCAGAGCCUGUGGGGGCUCCUAGCCUAUCUUGUGCCCCUGAACUUGGAUUCCCAUCUCCCUUUAACUGUGAAGAAUGUUCUGUGCUUCCCCAUUGGGAGCACUGCCCUUGGCUGAUUGGGUCUGGGGUGGGAGAGGAGGGACCCAGGCCUCCCUUUACAACCUAGAUGCUUUUGGAAACCACUGACCGCCCACCAUAUUGUUUAAUUUACUCCAGAGCCCCUUGAAGCCAGCAAAAGACGGUAUGCCCCUUGACCAGAUCCCAGACAAUACACAGGCCCCAGGAGCCCUUGGGAGAAGGAGAGCCAGGGCAGGUGGAGUCCCGGGAAGGGCCAGAUCCAAGAUCCUCUCAUAUUCCAGCAGUCCUGGCCCAGGCAUCCCACUGCCACCACUGUGAGGCACCGGCCAUGUGCGGGGCCCUUUCCCUGCCUUUGCUGGUGCUCACACGACUACAGCCCAGUUAAGUCACCAUGGGAAAUGGCAGGGUAGGAGGAACUCCUUUCGGGAUGAAGACUCUGGGGCUUGGAGGAGGGAGGGGAGGCUCUCUCUAAACCAGCAGGAUAUUUGCAAGGCCGGGUAGUAGGAAAGCUCUAGAAACAUAACCCAGGACUUCUGACUCCGAGUCCAGCUCCUCGUUCAUGGCCCCAGCCCCGACCUGAGAAUAUUAAAGAGGCCAUUCAGGACCUGAGCAGAAAGGAGGCAGUUGGGAUGAGGUGGGGAGGAGAUUAGAGGGGUCAGAGCCCUGGGUUUGAGCCCCAAGUCCAGUCGGUCACUGCCUUCCCCUCUCUGGGCCUCAGGUUCCUCAUUGGGCGAUGGGGUGUUGACCCAGCCACGAGUAAGGCCCUCUCAGCUCUGCUCUUCCAAUGCUUAUAGGACCCAGCCUUGCAAAUGACAGCAAGUCCUCAUCCCUGGCUCCCACAGCCUGAGGCCACGGGUCCAGCUUCUGAGUGCGAGACUCUGACCAUGACCACCUUCCCACCCCCAGUCCCAACUGUGUCCCCUGUCCAUGCCCAGUCACCUUCUUUCAGACCACAGUUCUGGGGAAGAGAGCUCCACAGGCCCCUGUCCUACCCAUGAACUUGCCCGAUGCAAUGCCUAGACUUCACGAGAGCCUUAGCCGCCUGUGUUGGUCACUAACAAGGUUAGCACCUCAGCCGCCCCCUCUCUGCAGGACUAGGGCCCAAGAACACAGCCCCAGCCCCAGCCCUGACUAAGCUCCGAGAGCCUAAGGGCUGUCAUCUCUGACUCUAUCCCCUCUCUGUCCACAUGACUGGGCUGGAAGAGGGAUGAGGGAGAAUGCUCUAUCUGGGGCGGGGUCACAGCCUCCAGGGCCCCCCAAAUCUCAGAGGGGGACUUGGGGAAAGCCAUGCAGACACACAUAGAACUUUCUGAUUUGCACUGGGAAGGAUCCCCAAAUAAGCCGACUUGUGUAUGUUCUUACGAAGGUUGCAGUAGUUCUCUAUGAUUCUGCCAACAUUUUUGGAUUCCAAGCAGACAGUAGAUGCAUUUUCGAGCCACAGAGUGAGCACCGAAAUAAAAGCGUUUGCUUUGCACAUUCAAA